UACUUGGCGCAACAUCUAAAAUCUGAGGCUGGUCCUUCUUGAUGCGACUGGAAGCUCCUUCUUCCCCGUUGCCUCAUGCAAUCAGAGGCUUUGGCCUUUCUCCUCUUUCCUCCUUACUGCUCUGUCGUCCAACUCCCGAUUGCAUCACUCCCCAUUUGUCUUCAGCCAUGGACUUAUCCUUGCUUCACCAUCCUCUGCUCCCACAAGUGACGGUCGUCACUAGGCACCGUAAUUGCCUUCUCUCUCAGCAGAAUGAAGGAAUUUUGUUCAAGAGGAGGGGAAGACUCAGUUUUGUACGUCGAGCAGUUGGUGGGAGUUCGACUGAUGGAGGUUCUGCAGAAGGCAGCUCAGGGGAGGGACAUGAUUCACUUCUUGGUGCAUUUGAUGAAGCCAAUGGUGCUCCUUUUGGCACCUUAUCCGCAGAGAUCACCCUGGAUACGGUCGAUUUUUUCGUGAGCGACGCUGAAGGCGAUCCAGAUUGUCCUACUGAAGGGUUCUCGCCGAUCGAUCAGGCGCUUGUGGCGUUACGUCAAGGCAAGUUUGUGAUUGCUGUAGAUGAUGAACAUAGACAGAAGGAAGGGAGUCUUAUCAUGGCAGCAUCUCUUGUUAAUGCAGAAGCUCUGUCCUUUAUGAUUAGGCACGGGACCGGGCUUGUUUGUGUAGGCAUGAAAGCAGAGGACUUGGAGAGAUUAAAGCUCCCUUUGAUGCUGAAUGACAGUGAAAGUGAAGCAUCUACAGCAUUUACAGUAACAGUGGAUGUCAAAGCUGGUAUUUCUACUGGCGUUUCAGCGCCAGAUAGAGCGAAAACAAUUCUGGCACUUGCAUCUCCUGAUUCUAAGCCUGAAGAUUUCAGGAGGCCGGGGCAUGUAUUUCCCCAGAAAUAUCAAAAUGGCGGUGUCCUGAGAAGAGCAGGUCAUACUGAGGCUUCAGUUGAUUUAGUUCAGCUCGCAGGGAUGAGACCAGUUGCUGUCCUUUCUGGUAUCAUGGAUCCUGAAGAUGGCUCCAUGGCCUCUUUGUCCAAGCUAAAGAAGAUGGCAGAAACAUAUGGCUUGCCAAUCAUCUCACUCACCGAUUUGAUCAGGUACAGAAGGAAACGUGAAAAACUAGUUGAGAGGACUGUAGUUUCGAGGCUGCCAACAAGAUGGGGCCUCUUUCAGGCUUACUGUUACCGUUCGAAACUAGAUGGCAUUGAACAUAUUGCCAUUGUGAAGGGAAAUAUUGGAGAUGGACAAAAUGUGCUGGUAAGGGUUCACUCAGAAUGCCUGACCGGCGACAUUUUUAGAUCUGCUCGCUGUGACUGCGGCAAUCAGUUAGACUUCGCUCUGCAACUGAUCGAGAAGGUUGGAAGAGGAGUGGUUGUUUAUCUCCGCGGCCACGAGGGUAGAGGCAUCGGCUUGACUCACAAGCUGCGGGCAUACAAUUUACAGGAUCAGGGACAUGACACGGUUGAAGCUAAUCUGGAGCUUGGGCUCUCUGUUGAUUCUCGUGAAUAUGGAAUUGGUGCGCAGAUUCUAAGAGAAAUUGGAGUGCAUACGAUGCGAUUGAUGACAAACAACCCCUCGAAAUUCAUUGGUCUUAAAGGCUACGGAUUGGCCAUUGUGGGUCGCGUCCCUGUCAUCUCUCCUAUUACAGAAGAAAACAGGAGAUACCUGGAGACAAAGCGUGUAAAAAUGGGUCACAUCUACGGCUCCGAUCUUCCUGGAACCUUUCCUGCCAUCUUCGACCAAACUCUGGAGGAUGACGAGGAGGAGAAGUGAUCACAAAUUUGUUUGGCAACUGUGAAGCUGGCUUUUCUUCUUAAUUACAGAGGGAAAUGCUAAUUCUUUGAGAAGUUCAUGUGCCAUUUUUCUUUAAUGGGUAUAUAAUGUUCAUGGGUAUUCAGUUAUUUCUUCUGGCGGGGCCAUGAUCCAUUUAGUUGGAUAUUUUUGCAAUAAAUUCACUUAUUUUUUUGUUGAGUA